GCCCCUUUUUGCACUCUCUCCUGCACAACACAACUAGACCUUUAAAGUUCCGUAAAGGAAGGGAAAAUAUAUACACGGUAAAAUAAACGAAUAAGCGUUAGAGAUUGUGUAUAAAUGUGUCUGAAAACGGGAGACAACAAUUAUAUUUAAGACAAAAUCCGCGGUUUUUAAUUUUCAUUUAAAUUACUAUUAGCUAGCUAGCUAUCGAUAGUACGACCAAGUUAGCCAGCUAGCUAGCUAGAUUAGCUAGUAACAUCAGCUAUCGAUAGCUAGCUAGCUUAAUAAUACUGAGAAUUGUCUCAGAUACCUAGCUCACUGCUAAUUGCUAACUAAUGUUAAAUAACUCAUUGGCUUGAUAAAUAUUUUGCUGUUUUGAGCGGGAGUUUUGUUAUUUUUUCGCGUCGACGACGACGGAGAUAGCAACGGUGAGGAAGACUUGACUGUCUGGAAACGACAAAAAAGUAAAAUGGCGGAGCCGGACAAAUUAAACAUUGACUCUAUAAUACAGCGUCUUCUGGAAGUGAAGGGGUCGCGGCCAGGCAAGAAUGUGCAGCUGACAGAGAAUGAGAUCCGUGGGCUUUGCCUCAAGUCCCGGGAAAUCUUCCUCAGCCAGCCAAUCCUGCUGGAGCUCGAGGCGCCACUCAAGAUCUGCGGCGAUGUUCACGGUCAGUACUAUGAUUUGCUGCGGCUGUUUGAGUACGGCGGUUUUCCCCCCGAGAGCAACUACCUUUUCCUGGGGGACUAUGUGGACAGAGGCAAGCAGUCGCUGGAGACCAUCUGUCUCCUGCUGGCCUACAAGGUCAAAUACCCAGAGAACUUCUUCCUGCUGAGGGGCAACCAUGAGUGUGCCUCCAUCAACCGCAUCUACGGCUUCUAUGAUGAGUGCAAGAGGCGGUAUAACAUCAAGUUAUGGAAGACUUUCACCGACUGCUUUAACUGUCUGCCUGUGGCUGCCAUUGUCGAUGAGAAAAUCUUUUGCUGCCACGGAGGACUCUCCCCCGACCUACAGUCGAUGGAGCAGGUACGGAGGGUGAUGCGCCCCACAGACGUCCCGGACCAGGGGCUGCUGUGCGACCUGCUGUGGGCCGACCCAGACAAGGACGUGCUGGGCUGGGGGGAAAACGACCGCGGCGUCUCCUUCACGUUCGGAGCAGACGUGGUAGCCAAAUUCCUACACAAACACGACAUGGACCUCAUCUGCAGGGCACAUCAGGUGGUGGAGGAUGGGUAUGAAUUCUUUGCAAAGCGACAGCUGGUCACGCUUUUCUCUGCCCCUAACUACUGUGGCGAGUUUGACAACGCUGGCGCUAUGAUGAGUGUGGACGAGACCCUCAUGUGCUCCUUCCAGAUCCUCAAGCCUGCAGACAAGAAGCUGUACUACACUGGAGGAGGGGGCAUGGGAUCUGGCCGCCCUGUCACACCGCCUCGAAAUUCAGCCAAGGGCGGGAAGGCCAAGAAAUAACACCUGCUUCACACUCCCCCCAUCCCCCCGCCCCCACCCUUCUCUCCUCUACCUCCCUCUUUUUCUCUCCUCCGUCACCAAACAGCAACAAAGCAAAACAGUUCCCAGGGUUUAGUCUUUUUUCUCUCUUAAUUCUUGAUACUGAUAAUGCGUAACUGUUUUAAAGUGUGAGUGCGUGAGUGAGAGGUUUGUUAUAUUGUUUUGUCACCCCACCCUUUGCUCUAUAUCCCUCUGUCUCUAAGAACCCACCAUCUUUUAAUGCAGUCACAUGUAUGUAUACAAGGGAGCAGAGAGGGGGAGAGAGCUGACUGUAUGGGUCCCACAGUAACAAAAUCAGAAGGGUGGAGGGAACAGUCUUGAGUCUGCCUUCAUUGUUUAUGUAAGGCCCAUCGCUGUUUUAAUGCUAAACAGAGACCUUUGUAUAUCCUGUAUGAAAGCGGUUUGGGGCAGGGGUAAACAGUUUUAGAGUCACACACACAUAGACGCACUGUUUUGGAGUCAAACAGCUAGGUUUGUAAGUAUGGGGUCAGUACAUGUACAGAGUAGGAGGGGUUUUGUACAGCAACAGACUUCCACAUUCAUGCAGAGAACCUGAAAUUGAAAAAGAUUCAGGUGUGGUAUAAAAUUCAAUGUUUUGUAGAUGGAUCACAAUGACUUGGAGUUUAACUAUUUAAUUUUUUUAAACUCGUCAGAACUCGGUGUUCAAUAAAGAGAAGAUUAUUUAAAACAGUUGAAGACCUGCUUGAUGUUCGCAUUACCACCGUUUGUGGAUUACAUGAAAAAUUUGAGAUUGUCUGCAUUGCAGUCUCUGCUAUUUCUCUUAUCCUUUGUCCACUUUAAAAUUUCUUUCAUGGAAUUAAAGCAUAAUUCAAGGGACUGACCUUGUAUUCAGGUUGGCUCUAAAAAAAAGAGCAUCUAUCCUUCUGUUUCCUUCUGUGUGUUAUUACUUCACUGAGGGAUUCUACAAUCACUCACUCCUUCUCUGGGCCAUUUUGUCUGGAACCAAUUAGGUUUUAAUUUACUGUAUUUCUUCAUGUUUUCUGCUUGUGUUUCUUUGUUCCAGUCUGCCUCUGAACUUAGUCAUUUUUCCCCACAGUGGCCAGUUCCAGCUCAAGGUCCAAUGAAAUCAGCAUAAAAAGGACUUACUAAUUUGUGCCAUGGGUUCUGGCUCUUAAUUUGAUCCUGUCAACAUGGUCCCCAGCCUCCUUUUGUAAUUGAGGCCUGAAAGCGUUGUCUCUGUCAUUGACAAAGCAAACUAAGGCCCUUCCUCCCUGCCUCACCCCACAAUGUGAAACCAUAGAACUUUGCAUGCCCCCUUCCACUGUUCUUUCUUUUUACCUGUUUAAAUGAUGCACACUGUUGUUGCUGGUCAGAAUUAAAAAUUGGUCAUUUGUAAUGUUUUUCCCUCCAUAUUGUCAAGGAGACCUAUGCUGCCCUGUUCUUUCUAAGAAAAUGGGUUCCUAGAGCAAUUGAACGCACUGUAGCGCACCCUACUGUCAAUUUUAUAGCAUUCACAGUUCAUGUGUGGUCAUUGCUCAGGGAUUCCCACCUUAGAAAAGCGGGUGGCUUGCUGGAAUACCACUACAGACAUCUCAGAAUGUCUGCUGUAAAAGUUAGGAACGUCAUUUAGUGCUUAUGAUGGGUGUAAAAAAUGUCCAUAGUUUAGGGUGGAUGCAGGGGUGCUGGCCACAUUGAUAGACUACUAUCAGGCUUGCUGCAUUUUUAAACGGUCAGAAGUUCAAGUCUGGCAUGGUAUAGACAAGGAAUAUCUUUUUGUAUCCUUAGGAUAUAAUGUGAAAACAAUGUGGUCUUGAAAAUGGAGUAGGUCUUCAUGGAGGGGUAUGGACACAAUGUAGUAUGGUAAAGUUUUCAUGGGGUAAAUGGUAUCAUUCACAAUGUAAUUUUGUCUGACAGGGUGGAUGAUAUGUGACUUUCUCUGGAAUUGUUACUUUUUUCUUCGAAGGUGAGGCUUUAAGUUUGUAAUACUGCUUUACUGUAAAACAGACAAUCUAUGGCGUGUUGAGAAGCAUACAUUUUAGAAGUAAGCCUGGCAUCUUUAUGUAUACAAGUUAACAGGACUGUAUGGUUUAUAAGAAUUUUCACGACAACGUAAGGUUUGGGAUCAUUGCAGGUUAUAUUGCGAGAGUAUAUUUCUUUAAUUCCCUUGAAUUUUCUCUGUGAUAUUGGGAGUGUUAUAUCACUGGUCAGAAAGGCAAGUAAACAUCCAGUGAGAAUAAAGGAGUUUGUUACAACGGUCGUAACGAUUAAUUUUAUUACUAUUAGACUUGCAGUAAGUACAUCAGUCUUUUUUUUCUUUAUACCUGACAGAGAGAAGUAGGGUAAUCUAGA